AUUUAAAUGCAUUGAGUUAAACUCUUCAUAUGCAGAGAGUUGUUUUCCGGAGCAACAUCGAUAUUUGCAACUGUUUUACCACCUUUGAAAGCAGAAGUCAUGAAGUGGUUGAUUGGUCUUAUCAUCGCUGCCGUGUGUGUGUGUAUGAUUGACGCAGAAUUCGAACAAGGCAAAUCUCGCAGACCAAGAGUAAACCAGCAACAAUUUACGUCUCAGAUAGCAACGGGCCAAUGGCUGAGUUUGUACUCGGUGUUGAUCGGAACGCCAGGUACGCUUGGUAAGGCCAAACACAUUUGGCGUGUCUCUGGAAACACAGUCACCCGUACGACUACAUUCUACGAAACUACUUGUCAAGAGACAGUAAUCAGUUACACUCUGGGAUCGGACCAUUCUGGUGCAGUACUUCUAAGGGAAGUUAGUCCAGGUCAGAGGUUCGAAGCCUUCUACAGCCAAGAUCCCAGCAAGUACUUCUGGUGGCUCAUCUGCCUAACCCCAGGCCCUACAUCUGGCUCCUGUACCUCUGGCUUCUUCGACCUCGUGAUAAAAGACACGCGCACGAAUCUGACGGGCGACUUAAACCUCGUCGGCCUACCCUGGGGCAGAAUCGCCGCUGACCUGAGAGCGAUCAGUGGCCUCACCUUCGACAACCCCGCAGUCACAUACGUCUGGACUGGAACUGAAUGUCCGAAUCCAGAAGAGUAAAUGCACGGCAAUCAGCAGGAAGAACAACUAAUACCAACAAUAAAAUAAUUAAAACCUUAUGUAAUGACAUUAUCCAAUGCUCUUGAAAGUUACGAAUUCAUCAAAAUAAAGACCAUGAUUGCAAACAAAACAUUCCACUGUACUGGUUCUUUUCCCCUCUUUUCCAACCAAUGAUUACACUAGACGACAAAAGAAGAAUAUUCUUAAAGCUGAAAAGUUCUUAUAGCGUAAUACAAUUAAAUAUCACAUGUAAUUAACCACCUUUAACUACACACUUUAUUUGUUUAAUAAAAGGUAUUUAAGACUCAA